GUCCAAGUACCCCCAAAGUCCGGGCCUAGCGCACUGUAUCAGCAACUGGGUCUCAUUUCCACCGUGUCCGACUACUCGGCACCUGCCCCUGCCUGAAUCCAUCGGCAGCUUCUCUUUUGACGAAGGUAAGGCUCUGUAAACAUUGCAGUUCUCUCCGGCAACAGCACCAUCAGCAAAAGAGACUGCUACAUCCAGGCUACCUACCGUCAGCCACACUACCUCCCAUCCUCCACUCCCGUCGCUGCCCGUUCACCUCACCUCCUCGAGUCCCUUCGCCCGUCUUUACCAUUUGGACUAAUCCAACGUACCGGUCCGAACUGACUUCAGGCCUUGGGCCGUCUCUUUCAGUCUCCGUCUUUCCGUCUCCAUCUCCUGACACAGAACGCUCGGCAGUCCAUUUUGAAAAAGCAGCUUAUCUUCUCCGAACCGCCCUUUCCUCGACGCCACCUACGCUACAUCCCACCCCAUCCCAUCCUCCCCAAUCGGUCGGUUCUUUCGCGAGCCCUGCGUCGGCCCCGAACAACACAUACUACUCUUGCUUCUCUUCAGCGUUUCCAACUGACGACAUCACCUACUUCAACCACCAAGAGGAGCCCCCUUCUUCGCACCCUACCCUCGUUGCACGCCGUUUACGCUUACCUCUGUGUCCUCGACAAGCUUGGCGGUCGACUACCUCAUCCCGGAGUCGAAACCCUGCCGAUAUCCACGACCUUCCGAAGCCAUAUCCCUCGGGGCAACUCCGCCUCCACUGACCCUCGUGCCAAACCAGCAUAGUGCUGUCACCAACCUUCAGCUGCCGCAGUCGCCCAGAUCGACUGGAUCCCAGGAGAAAAGUCAACUGUAACAACGGAAAGGUCCCCAGAAUUGCGUCUGCUGCCGCUGCCGUCGACGACCUAUUCGGUCUCGCCGUGCGAUGUGGCGGGGGAGGAGGACCUCGUGAACUGAUACUGUAGGGAUCGAGGUCGGAAGAGCCCAUAGCCUUCCUCGACCCGUCAUUCGAACCCUCCUGCACUCGACAACCAACUCCCGUCCAUGGGCGUAUCCCUCUACCCGGACGAUUCUACUACUUCCGCCUGCUUUGUCGAUACCUUCGCCUCGAUCACGAUCCGGCCGCAAUACGCUCGCUUGCUACUGUCUUUCGUUCGUCUACCAGCUUAUAUCCCACCCAUUUCCCCGACUUGUUACAAUCUCAAACCACCUUGUUCAUUUGAUUGGGACCAGUUUCGGGCAUGGAUCAUCGGUUCCCAAUUACCCGCGACGAUCUCUUCAAUAUCCAGAUGGAUUUGAAGCAAAUCCAACUGGUUCAAAGUACCCAGGGCGAGAGACUUGCAAGACUCGAAAGACGCCAGGAACAAGAUGCGAGCCUCAAGUCGGUGUGGCAGCAGCAUCCGUUUCCUGGCGUCCUAGCCGGAACGCCCCAGCAAGGGCCGACCCAUAUAUCACCCAACGACAUGUUUGAUGAUUUUGACGAGCAAGGCCAGCAUUUGCUGAGCUCUCUUCACCUUGGUCCGGCAGAAGAAGAGCCUACCCGUCGGGGUGCGGCGUCUCGAGCCAACAGCGUGCGAUUCGAUGAGAGUGCUUUAAGGGGAGCGGAUUGGUCUAGUCAAAGCAACCGCCACUCUGGCGAAUUUGGACCCCCGCGCCCGAGCAGCGGCCUGAUGAUGGAGAGGUCCUUGUCCCACAAAUCGGACGGACGCCAUAGUUCAGCGGGCCAUUCUGUCCAUUCAUUUCAUUCCGUGGCAUCUGGCCGAGCCAGCAGCCUGGGUCUGGAUACCAACUUCAUGGUUAGCAGCCACGAGGAUGACUCUCCUCUUGACAUGCCCGAGCCGCCGCCAGGACUGUUCUUUCUGGGAUCCGUCCCAACCAUAAUCCGAUGCUGGCUUACGACCAACUUUUGCCACGACACGGUUCUGUACGCCGACUUGUGCACGGGAUCACAAAAGUCCGUGGUGGACUACUCUGUCAUCAAGGACCUUGGCUUACUGGACGAGAUUCAGCGCGAUGUGGACGGCACGUAUAAGAUCCGACUUUCUGUGUACUUGGUCGAAGCGACCGUUUCCGAACGAAGCAGCCGGCCUUCGAGUCCAGGACACCAGAUGCCUAGCCUGCUGACUACCUUUGAGGUGUCUGGCAUGGACCAGCCCGAAGGAGCCGAGCCGAGAAGGGGCAUCCAGAUCUUUAUCGGCAGCGACACCCUCAGGGCCCACCAGGCCGAUAUUCUCUUGUCUCAGAACCGCAUGUGUCUCUAUGGGAGCGAGCGCGAAAAGCUAUCAGUGCCGUUCGUGCGCCCAGAAGAUGAAGGUGUCUUUAAGCACAUCAGCACAAUCAACUUCAUCCCGGAGAAGCCUCGGCUUAACGCUAACGCUGCACCGUUCGUGUCUGGGGAUCCGCGACCACAGGCCUCGACGACGCAUGAUGCACUGGACCACAGCGUCUCAAGCGUGCAGCCUGAAGAUGCCGAGUCGCAAGGUCCCUUGUCUCCCAUGGAUCUUCACUCUGUACCCAACAAGUCGAUUGGAGCAAGCAACCUGUCUGAAAGUGGCGGGGAGAGUGAGAGACCAGGCAGAGAUCACACCAGCGGGUCUGAGUCAGGGGUGCGAGAGCCUUCGGCUGCGUACAACACCUCAGCCAGCGCAGACGGCAGCCGACGUGAGUCCGCUGGUGGCAUAUGGGGCUCGUGGCGUCAGGGCACUUCGGCAAACGGCAGCGAGAACGGGCAGCGGGAUGCCAAUGGCCCAUUGAGCGGCUACCAGCCUGCGGGCCGCGCAAGUCGGAACAUGAAGGUGUUGAAGCCCCUGAAAUCGGGUUCAUCAUCCUCGUCUGCCCGAACCGGUGCCGCUUACGAGCCGCCACCAGUGCCUAGGACCAGCGGCGAACAUCGCCGAAAGAGCCAAGUCAGUGUAGCGGCGGAGAGCACACCCUCCGCAACAACAGUCCGUUGGGAGCCCAAGCGGACAGUCAGCAGCGUCAGUAGCACAGCGGACACCAAGGCCCAACGCGAGACGAAGAGCGCGGGCCCACCUCUGCCGCGGUCAGCGAAUCCCAUUGGAGGUGCAUCCGCAUUCUCGUGGAUGAACCCGGCUGGCAAAGCAAAGCCUACAGCAACGGCCGAGUAGUUGGUUUGGAUGAAGAAAAAGAAAAGGCCAGGCCCCGGCGGCAUCCGAAGUAAAAGUGGUCCACCCAGACCAGAGAGCAUUCAUCUUCCUUUUCAAUUGCUUUGACAAAACAACCCCCUCCACCAUGAAGAGGCGGGAUGGCUUCAGUACUGCGCGAGACAGGCCGACUGGUAGCCAUUCAGUGUACCAGGACAGGAGGGUUUCAUAGCACGAUGACUAGAAAAGUCCGCAUGGCGGAAACAAAAUCAUAAAUCCACGAUUUCACAUCACAGUCUCCAGUCUUUUCCAGUUCCAGUACAACA